UAUCAGACUUUCCUCUCAACAAACUGAAUCAGACGUGCUGGCCCUUUAAACAUUUUACCCACAAUGCACCGCAGCCUGCACAGUACACACAUGUAAGUUGACAGAAAGAAAACCUGAAGAAAACUAGCAAAGAAAGAUGCAGAACGGUGAUGUGAACGGAGAAGAGGAUGAAGAGUAUCAGGUCUUCCUCGCUCUGCACAGUCCCGCUUUAAAAGCGGCAAGAAUCCCCCCGCUUUACUGGAAGAGUUUGCAUUUAAAACUAGCCAAUGAGGUAUUUGAUGCUGGUGAAGUAUUUGGGAUUAUGCAUGUGGAAGAAGAGGAAGAUGAGGAUGAUGAACACAGAGCCAAUCCUCAAACUGAGAUGGGUUAUAAAGUGAUUGUGACCAAAGAGAGUGUCCUGCAGGCUGCUGAUCCCACCAGUGUGUUUCUUGUAGAUCACGCCUGGACGUACAGGGUGGAGAGCGCCCGACAGCAGCUGCUGGAGAUUCCCGGAUUGCUGAUCCGUAUGGCCAGUCUGAUGGGUCUGCCUUUCCACGGAGAGGCACCCGAUCCGGACAUCGUGGAUCUCGUCCUGGACAACAUGUGGAAAUACAACCAAACAUAUCAGCUUUCCCAAGGGUCUGCAGAAGAAAAGGUGCCUGUGUGGUACAUCAUGGAUGAAUUUGGAUCUCAGAUUCAGCACUCUUCCCAGCCGACCUGCUGUUUGGCUCCUCUGUUCUACUCUCCGCAACAGAUCGCUUACUCCGUGCUGUGGCCACUGCAAGACCUGGAGAAUGGAGAGGAGGUGACGCGUGAUUUUGCAUACGGAGAAGGAGACGCUUUAGUGAGGAGAUGCCGUCUGUUGCCAUGGCUACCCGAUGACCUUGAGGCAGUGAGCAAUGACAUCCGGGAACCGUCUGACCUUUACUAUGAAACGAUUCUACAAGAGAACAAAGAGACGCUUCCUGUGGACAUCCAGCCUUUUGUUGUACCAGAUGGAAAAGUUUUAAAGGUCUACACUGAGAUGAAGCAAGUUUUAGACCAUCUGAAACAUCCACGUUUCCAAUUCACUGAAAACGAGGAAGAGGCUGACAUAAUCUGGACCUUCUCCCAUAUCCGAGAAUAUCGGAAACUGAGUGAGGAACGGCCUCAUGUGCUGCUCAACCAGUUCCCCUGUGAGACGGUGCUGACCACUAAAGACUGCCUGGCAUCUGUGGCACGGAGAGCCAGGGGAGGUCAGGGGGCUCCGUGGCUCCCCAAGACCUUUAAUCUACAGACUGAGCUGCCUCAGUUUAUCCAACAUUACCUGCAAAGACAGGAGAGAGGACUGGACAACCACUGGAUCUGCAAACCUUGGAACCUGGCCCGCGGUCUGGACACACACACCACGAACAACCUCAAUUACAUAAUCAGACAGCGAGAGAGCACCCCAAAGGUGGUGAGUAAGUAUUUGGAGGACCCCGUGCUGUUUCACAGAGAUGAGGUGGGCAUGGUGAAGUUUGACAUCCGCUACAUGGUGCUGCUGCGCUCUGUGGAACCGCUGCGUCUUUAUGCAUAUGACGUGUUCUGGCUGCGUUUUGCUAACAAGCCUUUCUCGCUGGAUCACUUUGACGACUAUCAAAAACACUACACAGUGAUGAACUACGCCGAAGACGUGCAGCUCAAACAAAUUCAUUAUGAUGAAUUUAUCCCCAUGUUUGAGAGCCAGUAUCCACAAUAUCCAUGGAAACAGGUUGAGGCAGAUGUCUUUAAAGCGUUCUCGGAGCUCUUCCAAGCAGCUUCCUGCCGUCCUGCUCCAUACGGGAUCUGUGCGAACCCCUCCUCCAGAGCCAUAUACGCCAUUGACCUCAUGCUGAAAUGGGACCAGACGGUGGGAGGAGAACGUGUGAUGCAGCCUCAGAUACUGGAGGUUAAUUUCAGCCCAGACUGUGAGCGGGCCUGUCGUUAUCAUCCCAGCUUUUACAACCACAUGUUCCAAACACUGUUCCUGGAUCAGAUAGAACAGUGUCCUGUCACUCAGAUUUUAUGACCAACCAGAUUUCCAGUGCUAAAAUAACGUUUCACCGUAAAUAAAGAUGACUUAAGCCACUUUAACACAGUGUUUAUAUGUCAUCAGGUUGUUGUGCUCUAUGUAGCAGUUACACAGAUGAAUCACUUGUGUGAGGAUGUGUGGAUUGUUCACUCCUGAAUCUGAUAACUUUGAUUUUAGUGUUGUAAUGCAAAAUGUAGUAUAAUGAUCAGAAACGGAAGGAAAUUAAGUACAAAUAUUAAUAUAAAUAUGUUUGAUGAGAACGGUAUGUUUAUUAAUAUUUGUUAGAUCUUUUCUUUAUUUCGGUUUUGUCAUUUAAGUCAGGAAUGAUUCAGCUGAGAGAUUUAGCCAUUUAAGCAAGCUUUUUUUACAUGUUCAAGGGGUGGUGUGGUGAUCAUCCAAUAAGAAUAUACAUUACAUCAUAAAAAGUCCUUUUAUGGAAAAUCUCUACUCCAUCCUGCUUUCCUAGAUGAAAUACAUGCAUACAGAGUGUAUAUUAUGAUUUAAUGCAAAAAAAAGCAAUAUGCAAUAAAUAAAACUUAUUUAUUUUUAAUAAUA